AAGGUUCCCCUCUCCUCCCUCGUCCUCCCUCGCCGCCUCUUGGUCGUUGUGGCACGCGACUUUUGAGCUGAACUGACGCGACAAUGUCUUUCUUUGGCACCUCGACGUCAGGCACCCUUGCCACGCAGCCGCCCCCCGACAAAGACAUCGAAGUUGCAGAUCCCCCAACUGACUCCAUUUCCUCCGUCGCCUUUUCCCCCACCGCCGACUACCUCGCAGUAGGCUCCUGGGACAAUAAUGUACGCAUAUACGAAGUUGGUGCGAGUGGUCAGACGCAGGGCAAGGCAAUGUACCCUCACCAAGGGCCUGUACUGAGCGUAUGCUGGACCAAGGACGGCACGAAGAUUCUCUCCGGUGGCGCGGACAACGCGGGUCGGAUGUUCGACGUGACGACUGGACAGGCUACCCAGGUAGCCCAGCACGACGCGCCGAUCCGUAUUGUGAGGUGGAUAGAGUCGCCUCAGGGAAGCGUGCUCGCCACUGGUAGUUGGGACAAGACGAUCAAGUACUGGGAUUUGCGCACACCAAACCCUGUGUCUACUGUGAACCUACCUGAGCGUUGUUAUACGAUGGACGUUGUCUACCCUCUGAUGGUCGUGGGUACCGCCGAGCGUCACAUCCAGGUUUUCAACCUCCAGAACCCUACUACGCCCUUCAAGACUCUCACGUCGCCACUCAAAUGGCAGACCCGAGUAGUGUCUUGCUUCCCCAGCGCAAACGGUUUCGCCGUAGGCAGUAUUGAGGGACGCGUAGCCAUACAAUACGUCGAGGAGAAGGACGCGUCCAACAACUUCUCUUUCAAAUGCCACCGACGUGACCAGACCCCAUCCGCGAAGGACCAAUCCCUCGUUUACGCCGUCAACGACAUCUCCUUCCACCCCGUCCACGGAACGUUCUCCACCUGCGGCUCUGACGGCACCAUCAACUUCUGGGACAAGGACGCGCGUACGCGUCUCAAGUCGUUUGACCCUGCGCCUGGCCCGGUGCCGUGCUCGACGUUCAACCGCGCCGGCACGAUCUUCGCCUACGCCGUCUCGUACGACUGGUCCAAGGGCCACUCGGGCAUGACGCCCGGCCACCCCAACAAGCUGAUGCUGCACGCGUGCAAGGACGACGAGGUCAAGCGCAAGCCGCAGAAGCGGUGAAACCGCACAGCGCGGCUGUCGUCGGAUGAUCUUCCUCCUGGUCGUGCGGUCGGCCGCUGGCACUUCCUGUUCUUCUUGUGCCGAUACAGACGACGCCGGAGGGCGGAGGACAGGCGCUGUUGAGCUCUCCGAUGUGGUUAUCGUGGCAGAUGAGUCGCCGGAGAGGAGAGGGGAGCACAGCGGGAACAAGUCGAAAAAAGGCACGUCGCGUGCCGCCCUGGGGAGAGGGAAUCCUGUACUGCCGCAGCCAUAUUUGUAGCUUCAACCCCAUGAUGCUGAGUUACAUUGUCUUGUCGUUCUACUAGUACUUCUGGAGUCCCGUGUGCAAUGCUAUGUGAUUUGCUGUU